AUGGCUGAAAUGGAGGUUGAUGGCGAUACUUUACCAAUACAACAAUCUAGAAUUUCAAAUGCAAGUGUUAAUCCUUCACCUACAAUAGAUUCUGCUAAGAAAGUGGAUGAAGGGAAAAAGAAUGAAAAGAGAAAGCAAAAACCGGAAACUUCUGAAGCAUGGGCUCAUUUUAUUAGAGAUCCUGAUGAUCAUGAUUACUCGGUUUGUAAGCAUUGUAGUAGACGAUUGCAUUGUCCUAAAAGUGGAGAAACUGUUUCUACAUUUGUCCCUUGUAAAUUUGACCAAACCAAGUGUAGAUAUUUGUGUGAUAGAAUGAUCAUUAUUGAUGAAUUACCUUUCAGGACUGUCGAACAUGAAGGGUUCCGUGACCUUGUGAAAAUAUUGCAACAACAAUUUCAAAUCCCUUCAAGAACCACUAUUAUUAAUUAUUGUUUGGAGAUAUACAAGUCAGAAGCGGAAAAGUUGAAGAAGUAUUUUUCUAAGAACAGACAACGAGUUUCUUUAACAACAGAUCUGUGGACUUCUAGGCAAAAUCUUAAUUACAUGUGUUUGACAGCUCAUUUUAUGUAUAAAGAUUGGACCAUUCAUAAAAGGAUAAUCAACUUUUGUCCGGUUUCUGGUCAUUCUGGUGAGAUAAUUGGAAAAUAUGUGGAGAAGAACUUACUUGAUUGGGGAAUUGACAAGCAUAGUGUGUUAGAUAGUCAACAUUUUCAUAUGAGAUGUUGUGCCCACAUCUUAAGUCUUGUUGUCCAAGAAGGUUUAAAAGAUGUAGACACAAAUAUUACCCGUAUUCGAUCAGCUGUGAAAUAUGUGAGGUCUGAGCUUUUAUCAUUGAAGAGGUUGCCUAAGGAAGAAUAUUGGGAGCAUUUUAGGUGUAUGUUACCUUUCUUGAAAGGUUUUUAUACAUCUACUUUGCGUAUAUCUGGCUCUUUGUAUGUAACUAGCAACAAUUAUUUUCAUGAAGUCUUUGGCAUUAGAGCAAUGUUAAAAAAAAAGAUGAUAGCAAGUGAUGAGGGUUUUAAAAAGAUGGCUGCUAAAAUGAAGGAGAAAUAUGAUAAGUAUUGGAGCAAUUCAUCAAAAAUUAAUGUGUUUUUAUUCAUUGCUCCAAUUCUUGAUCCACAAUACAAGUUAGGUUAUGAUUCCUUCAUUAUUAGCCAAAGUUUUGAUGAAGAAAAAGCCAAAAAUUUGUGUGAUCAAGUAGAGAAAUUACUAAUUAAAAUUCCGACUACUAAUUCCGGACAUUUUGAAGAAGAGAUUCUUAUUGAUGUUGAUGAUGAUCCGACGACUUUGUUGAACAACGAAUACAAAAGAUUGUUGGAAGAGAACUCAAGUGGUACAGCUGCAAAAUGCAAGUUGGAUUGGUAUUUGAGUGAGCAAUGUGAGCCUUUUGACAACAAGUUCAAUUUACGUAGUUGGUGGAAGAAAAAUUAA